UUUGAAAGCUUGACAGAUUCUCUCAAAAGGCCGGGCGCUGCAAAUUGCAAUGCUGCAUUGCGGCUGCUUGGCAUUGCAGGACGUACCUAAGAACUUAGUUAGCAUUUCUUAUCGUGCAAGGGUGCAGGAAAAAGGACUUAAGAGCGCAGGAAGGAGCCGUUGAGGGGCAAGAACUUAUUCAGGAGCCACGCUUGAUGCAGCUCAGGACAGUCAGCGGGCAGGCACUCUCUCCGUUCUGCUACUCGUGCGAUCAUGACAGUCUGCUUUCGAAGCUCAAGAGGCCUGAACUUGCACCGCAGUUUGCGGGAGAAUUUAGUGGUUCCUUGCUUAGGCAUGGUCAGAGAAGAAGUCUCAUAAGAAAGAGAAAUCGCUUCAUAACAGCUGCCAAGCGAGAAGGGACCAGCAAAGAGGAGCGGCAGAGCAAGGCUCGCUCAGCAAAAGCUCUCCCUAUCCGGGUGGUGUCAGUAGCCAAAGCAGGUGCCGGGCCAGGACAGCUGCUAGCGAAAGAGUAUGCUGAGAAGAUCCGGCGCUACUGCACAUUUGAGGAGCUGGUGAUUCGGCCCAACCCAAAACACACUCCAGAUGCGGACGUCCAAGUCGCGAGCGAGGGCGAACGAGUGCUCAAAAGCAUUACCCCUCGAGACUAUGUGGUAGUAUUGGACGAGCGCGGGCGCGACCUGACGUCCGAACAACUUGCCGACCUAGUUGCGGACGCAGGAGAUACGGGUUGCUCGGCUCUGCUGUUCUGCAUCGGGGGUCCAUACGGCCACAGCCCGGCAGUCCGGAGCCGAGCAAACGUCGUGGUGCGCCUUUCUUGCAUGGUGUUAAACCACGAGGUGGCGCUCAUUGUGUUAUUGGAGCAGAUUUAUAGGGCCUGGACUAUCUUGAAGGGAGAGAAGUAUCACCACUGAUUGCUUGGAAGUCGAUACCGUGGGAUACGCUUGUUAUGUAUUGAACUAGUCUUGUAACUCUAGUAGACGAGUCCAGGUUCCUUCCGGCAUUGUUGUCUGCCAUUACACUUGUUGCUUUUCCCAAGGCUGAGCACACUCUCAAAUUAAUCGUUGAUCAGUAAGCACCCUGCCCAAAAUGGACAGAGUGUGUUAGUCUCUGCACAAAGCCAUUCACCUGGGAAAAGUAAGACGACAGUGUUAGGUUUGUAGAUGGAGGCCGCCGUUCAAUGCUCAAUAAGUUUACUCUGGUGCGGUCGUUCGGUGUAAGUGAAUGUUGCUGCC